CCUCCUCCUCCUCCUCCUUUUCAGAGGAGGAGCUCCGCCUGAGCUCCUUUCUUUUUCUCCUGGGCCGGCCUCCCUUUCCCUCAGUUCCCUCAGAGCCAGCUCCCUUUCCCUUCCUUCCACAAUGGCGGCGGCGGCGGCGGCGUGGGGAGGCUUGCUGCGCCCCAGCCUGGCCUCGGUCUCCUCGGGGGAGCUGCAGGGCCUGAGGACGUGCAACUGUGAGAUGGCGGUCCUCCCCCUCCGCCAGCUCCUGGCCCUCCAGCCCCGCGCCCUUCGGCUCCAGCACGGGGAGCACGACGCCCCCCUCGCCCUCCUCCUCCUCAGCCCCUCCGAAGCAGCGGGAGCAGGAGGAGGGGGCUUCACCGUCAUCAGCGAUGGCUUCCUCCGCCUCGACGGCCAGGAAGAGUGCAGGCUGAAAGGGUACUUCAAGAGGUACGUGGAACUUAACACCCAUUACGACUAUAAAAACUACGAGAGGCUAUAUGGGGGGUCGACCGUUGCUAUCUUUGUUAAUGUCAAAACAAAAUACAGUUCUUCAAAAGGUAUGUGUGAAAAAGACCACGCCUUGCUUGUGAACACCCGGCAUCCAAAGAUGAGAAGACAGAUUGAAAAUGGAAUGAACAACGUAAUAUCAUCUGUGAUCGGGGAAAGCUAUAAACUUCAGUUUGAUUUCCGGGAUGUUGUGAAGAAGUUUUUUCCUUCAGGAACACAUAUUGUCAAUGAAGAAAGCCUGAGCUUCUCUUUUGAAUUCAAAUCUGAUGCCUUGUUUGAUUUUUUUUAUUGGUUUGGGUUGAGCAAAAGCACAGUUUCAAUUAACGGGAAAGUUCUUAACUUGUCCAGUACCAAACCAGAGAAGAAAGACAUUAUAACCAAGUUUCUGGAUAAAAUGAGUGAACCAAAUCUACGUUCCAACAGUUUUUCAGAUAGAAAAUUCAGCAUUAUCUCCAGAACUUUAGACGAUGUGUUUAAUGGCAACUGGACACCACAGUCAUCUGAGACAGAAUCUCCUUUAACAGUUUGGACAUUUUCAGGGGUUCAAAAAUCAGAGGACUGACUACAUAUUGGAACUGAGUUUUCUUAAGUUGGAGAAGCUACGUUAGAAGAAAAGAAGAUGUACCAUGGUAGAACCAUCCUUAUUGCAGAAUGCUAAGAAUUUCUGAAAGGAAGUUUGCUGUUCUGCAUCUUGCCCCAAGGUGCAGGAUGUUCUGGCAUUCCAGUUGGUUUCUGUGAUUCAGGAAGAACCUUCUGAUUUUUGAAAUGCUACCUACAGUGUUGGUUCUUCACUCAGCAUAUUAAGAACUGUUGGGAGCAUAGAGCUUUCUUGCUAUUGCUGUUAGACUUAAGCAUAGAGCUAGAUAGAAGGAUUUUAAAUCUAUAUUACGGUACUAGUGAGUUGAAAUAACUCCCAGAUUUUAAAAGCUGACUGAGACCAUAACUGGCAAGCUGUUUUUAUACUUUUUAGAAUGCAUAUCACUGUCCAGUGCCAAGCCUAAAGGAUUUCAAAACUGCUUCUAAUGCACAAAAGGUAGAUCAGGUAGUAUUACAAACUAAAGUAAGUGCAGGAUUUUUAACAAGAAGUGUGAACUUGAAGAACUAGCAUAUGCACUACUUGACCUGAGGUGCAUUUAUGUGUUAUUCAGACAACUGAUGCUUAAUGUAUAGCUUUGCUUUGGUUUGAAAAGAUUUUACUAUGUGGCUGAAGAGAAAACAAACAUCUUUCCAUAGCUUGCUCUAUCUGCAUCUUAAGUUGUUCACUUGUUUUCUUCUGAAGUACUGUAAGAUCUACUGGAAUUAAAUGGAAGAAUCUGCUGUUAAAUUUUUAAAUGCAGUUUUGUCUUCCGUUCUUUGACGUAAUAAGUAGUGAGAUCACUAAGUCUUGCAUUGCUGCCACACUGUGGAAAUAAAAUAGUUUGAUGCCAGUUUAACUGUCAUGACUCAAUGCUAUGGGAUUCUGGGAUUUCUAAUUUUGUGAGCUAUUUAGCCUUCCCCAUUAGGGAGCUUUAGUGUCACAAUAAACUACAAACCCCAGAAUUUCAUAGCAUUGAGCCAUGGAAGCUAAAGUGGUGUGAAACUGCUGUAUUUCUGCAGUGUGGCAGCAGCCUUAGUAUUGCGUAUCUUGUAAAAUGCUGGUACUACAAUUUAUAUGAAUGACACAGAGAUGCUAAAUAUGAUAAGGUUUAAAGGGUUUUUAAACAAUGAUAUAACAGUUAAAGGUAAUAACUGGUUAUAUAUCUGAAGAAACUAAUAACAAAAUGAGUUGUCACAUGGAGUAUACUCUGAGUAAUUGCAGAAUUAUAACAUGCAUUGCCUCUGCAAUUGAGGUAAUGAAAUCACAGGAUUAUUUUUUGCAGCUUCCAUCUAGUCUUUAACUAGGGGCCGUAGGUGCCUUAAAGCUGAUGUUACAGCAUAGAUUCUUCUCAGUGUGUUCACAAAUUAGAGUAAAUGGAGCCCAAUUCAACUGUUGCUCUGAGCUGCUUGUUGGUGGCAAAAUUCAUGUACACAUAAAGGGUUAUUUUGAAUGCAAUAGACAGGAAUGUUUUUUCCAGUCAAAGUUAACAUACAUUCAUUACUUUAUCACUCUGCUACAUGAUCCUGUAUAUCAUACAGAGCAGAAAAGCCCACAUCAUCCAUACAAAAUAAUUAAUGACAUUAAUGGUUUUACCACCGUAUACCAUGUAGCUGUAUAGACAUGACUAGAGCAUACUGGUGUAUGGUUAACUGGCUGAGAGAUUCCUAGCUGUCUUUUUCAGAUGUAAUACUUAAAACAUCUUUUUCUCUUGAAAAUUAAAAAAAAAACCAAGUAAAUUACAUUCCCUUGUCUGUUCCCUUCUUGGGAAUGUUUGCUAACUUUAUUUUCUUGGAUGAGGCAGGUUUUCUGCACACAGCUUCACCAGUUCCUUCCUCCAGAAGCAAAAUGGGCAGCCUGCAUGAGGACUGUAAACUGGAAUAAAUAACUGUUCACAUCAGAUGCUAAAUGAACUUGUAAACAUAAGUGAAUACGUGAUUGGGAAGUUAAUCUUUUGAGUCUAAAAAUACAUAAAUUGUAGGAAUUCUACAAUAAAGCAAGCUAUUUGAGAGGUUGUUGGGCACGUAUUUGCAUUUGGCAAACAUAAGUGGGCAUGAUAUAUUAUUUGCUUUUUGUUUAUGGAGAAUAGUUUAUCCAUUCUGUAUGCCUUUAUAUUUGAACACCAUUUUUAUAUAUCUACGUGGAAAUGCUGGCCUUAGCUAUAUUAAGGUUGUAUGGGACCUUUUUGGCAAAGCACCACUUUAGCAUUGCUUCGGCAAUGGAAUUCUGUAUGACUAGAAUGAAUGAGGUCUGUGAGAUUGUUCCCUCCCAGGCUUUUGCCAUUAUCAUACUACAUGCUUUAAAUGUUAGUCAACCUCUUUGUACAUAUGAUUCUGUUCAGUGCCUUUGAGUAUCAUUAUUUCACAAUAAAGAGAGAUUUUGAACUGA